AACAAGAAACAUCUUGAGAGGAACAGCUAAAAUAACCCCAGUGUUUUCAAACAUAAUCAGUCAUAGCCGCAUGUAUUCGCUUAGCUAAGUUAGCUGUCGAGCUGAUUCGCGGGUUAACUGGAUCAUUUAAGCACGCAUUAAAGGAGCUAUCAAACCACCACUGACCACCAAGACACCCAGUCAUGGCUGCCGAACCUAAUUAUCGCCGGACAAAACCGGGUGUUAGGACAGCUAACCUUGCUAGUUCAAAUGGAGUUGGGCCCUCAUCACAGAUUCCGGGAUUAUCUGCAUCUGCCGCCGACAUCACUCCUGAAGAAAAAUCUAAAGGAAGACGUGUAGGAAUUCAGGCCUCUGACUCGGAUUAUGUUAAACUUGCAAAACAAGGAGGACAGAAGGGUUUGCUGAGGCAUGAUGGAGACCCUAUGGAAACAAAACCUAACAGUUCCUACAAACCCGCUAGUUGGUUCGCUGACACACCUGAUGAUCAAGAGAGCGGAAGUAAUGCAACUACCCCUGAUGGAAAAAAACAGUAA